CAGCCCUGGACCAAAACCAGUUGGCAGCACCGCCAAUGUAUAUGCGUAAUUAACGCUAAUUAGUCCGGAGAGCGAAAUCGAAACAAUAUUAUUUCAUUCGAGCAGCAGUAAAGUGCGGGCGAACGCCAGCAAUCACCGUGCAUAUAUUGGCAUAGUGAACUCAACUUAAACGGCGAAAAAUAAAGCGAAAAACAACUGCAACGCAGGAAAUAUAAAGCUUAAAAAGAAAAAAGAAAAUAAUAACAAACGAACGAAACCCGAUAAAUCGCACAAACUCUGAUACGCCCAUCCAUUCUGCGGUCCGUUCCAGUCGCUGGUCAGUACGACGUGAACCAGCGAUUCAUACGGUGGUAGCGAUGGCGCGCGAGGACGAGCAACGCAUUGUGGACAACGAGGAGGUGUCGCACGCGGCGGAGGAGGAUAAUCCCGGGAGCAACAAUCGGCAAGACAAUGAGUUGGCACUGCCCUCCGGCGGCUGCUGCAUGCCCUCGAGCACCAGCCAUCGAUUCAUGGCGCUGGUGUUCAUGUGCCUACUCGGUUUUGGAUCGUACUUCUGCUACGACAAUCCCGGGGCCCUGCAGAGCGACUUCAAGAGGGACUUGAAUCUUACCAGUACGGAGUUCACGCUCAUCUAUUCGAUCUACUCGUGGCCCAAUGUGAUCCUGUGCUUCGUGGGCGGUUUCCUCAUCGAUCGCCUCUUUGGCAUCCGCCUGGGAACAAUUAUUUACAUGAUGAUCUUGCUGGUGGGCCAGCUGCUCUUCGCCAGCGGUGGCAUACUGAACGCCUUCUGGCUGAUGAUCCUGGGACGGUUUAUCUUCGGCAUCGGAGCAGAGUCGCUGGCGGUGGCCCAGAACAGCUAUGCGGUGCUCUGGUUCAAGGGCAAGGAGUUGAACAUGGUCUUCGGCCUGCAGCUGUCGGUGGCCCGAUUAGGCAGCACCGUCAACUUUUGGGUGAUGCAGCCCAUCUACGACUAUGUUAGCAAAUUCUACCAUGACCACCAGGCCCUGGGCGUCGUCCUGCUGCUGGCCACUCUCACGUGCGUGAUGUCGCUGAUCUGCGCCCUCAUCCUCGGCUGGAUGGACAAGCGAGCGGAACGGAUUCUGCAGCGGAACAACAACCCCUCCGGCCAGAUUCCCAAGCUCACGGAUAUCUUCACGUUCAAGCCGCCCUUCUGGAUGGUCUCCAUCAUUUGCGUGGCCUACUAUGUGGCCAUCUUCCCGUUCAUUGCCUUGGGACAGAAGUUCUUUGUCGAUCGCUUCGGCUACACUCCGGCUCAGGCUAAUACCGUGGACUCACUGGUGUAUCUAAUUGCCGCGGUAUCCAGCCCCGUGUUCGGUUUCAUCAUCGACAAGGUGGGCAGGAAUGUGACCUGGGUGUUUACGGCCACGUUGACCACCAUCGGAGCCCAUGCCCUGCUGACGUUCACCCAGCUGUCGCCGUACGUGGGUAUGAUCGUGAUGGGACUCUCGUAUUCCAUGCUGGCCGCCAGCCUAUGGCCCUUGGUGGCCCUCAUCAUUCCGGAGUAUCAGCUGGGCACUGCCUACGGCUUCUGCCAGUCUAUUCAGAAUCUUGGCCUGGCCGUCAUCACAAUUUUGGCUGGUUUAAUCGUGGAUAAAAGCAACGGCAACCAUAUGUGGGUGCAGCUUUUCUUCAUGGGCUGGCUGACCAUUGCCUUGAUCUCUACUGGCGUCAUCUGGGCCUACAACAACAAGCAUCGCGGCAAUCUUAAUAUGACUCCUCAGCAGCGGGCGCAGUUCGUCAGCGCCGAGAAUUAUCAGAACUUUGAAUAGACGGAUGGAUGGAACAAAGGACGGAGCGAGGGAGCGCUACCCGCAGAUUAUCGGAUCAUUAUCGGUUAUUUAGUGUAGGCAUAAAAUUGUUCUCUGCGGGCUGCGGCCCGCCCUUGAUCCUGGUCCACGAACCGGAUGGUGAUGCUGAAGUGUGAUGUGCGUCUCGAGUCGCAAAUUGGUAUUUACUAACUGCAAUUGUUUUUGUCCACGACGGGGACGAAGGGGAUAUAUACAAUACGCCCCGAUCGGCCUUGAAGAGCGUUGUCAGGGCGAUCAAUAAGCUAUUUUACGCUAUGUAUUUUUAGACAAAUUUUUUAUUAUUACAAAAGUUACCGCAUGUUUUUUGUGUCAACGUUUUACAAAUUAAACUAAACAUCCAAAAUCCUAUGAAACACAACCAGAACUCAUUGAAGACUUGAACGCCCAGGGCGGAAAUUCGGGAUUUAAUUGUAUUUGUAUAUAGUAUGUGUGUUACUCGAACCUAUAUCUUUCAUUCGUGGCAGUUACUAGCAUUUACACGAGUACAAAACUAUGUCCUGGUGUAAUUGAAAAUUAGUUAAUUAAUCCGUCUUGAUUACUAUGUUUAUACACAAGCCUUAAUUGCAAAUAAAAAUUAUGUAAAUUACAGAUUAACAAAGAAUAUAAUGAAUUAAUGAAACAAAAA